AUGGUAGAAGUUUUUGAUUGCCGAGAUGAGAGCCUCCUGGCCCGAGCCGAACCGGUGGAGGAGCUACUUACCAUCCCUAUCUCAGAGGCCGAGCCGACUAGGAUAGUUCAGCUCGGAGCACUGCUGAGCUCCCAGCGUCACGAGGAAAUCUUGAACUUCCUCGGCGAGAACUCUGAUAUUUUCGCUUGGAAAGCUUCUGAUAUGCCAGGAAUCUCCAGGACCGUAGCGGAGCACAGUCUGGACGUCAACCCGAGCUUCAGGCCUGUCCAGCAAAAGCGCCAAAACUUUGUGACUGAGAGGAACACUAUCAUCAACGAGGAGGUUGACAAACUCCUAGCCGCAAGGUUUGUGAGGAAUGUGAAGUACCCGACCUGGUUAGCCAAUGUGGUCAUGGUUCCGAAGUGCAACGGGAAGUGGAGGAUAUGCGUUGACUACUCCGACCUGAACAAGGCUUGCCCUAAAGACUGCUACCCUUUGCCCCGGAUUGAUUCCCUCAUAGACUCAACUGCUGGCCAUGAGAUGCUGACCUUCAUGGAUAUCGGUAGAAAUAUGGAAGUUUACAUUGAUGAUAUGCUGGUCAAGAGCAACAAAGGCACUGAUCAUGUGCUAGACCUGAAGGAGGCUUUCGGUGUCCUGCGAAAGAACCAAAUGAGACUAAAUCCCAUCAAGUGUGCAUUUGGAGUAACCUCUGGGAAAUUCUUGGGCUUUCUAGUGUCGCAAAGGGGGAUAGAACCAAACCCCUCAAAAAUUGAGGCCAUUCACGAGAUGCGUGCACCAAGAAACAUUCGCCAAGUGCAGAAACUGACCGGCUGCCUGGCUGCUCUUAACAGUGCAGUCCUUGUCAGAGAAGAGGCAAAAACACAGAGGCCCAUCUACUAUGUGAGCCAUGUGCUCCUGGAAGCAGAGAUAAGGUACCGGAAGAUUGAGAAGCUUGCACUGGCACUGGUCGUGACAGCCAGAAAGCUGAGGCCCUACUUCCAAGCACACGCCAUUGCUGUACUAACUGAUCAACCGCUGAGAAAGUCACUUUACAGCCCCAGCAUAACGGGACGUAUGGUAAGUUGGGCUGUCGAGUUGAGUGAGCAUAAUAUUGAAUUCCGACCAAGAAGCGCGAUCAAGGGCCAAGCACUGGCUGACUUUUUGGUAGAAUGUACCCAAGCCAAAGAAGCGGCAGAACCUGAGGCCGAGCCGAACAGAAAGUGGGUGCUCUUUGUUGAUGGAUCCAGCACCACAGCACGGAGCGGCACUGGGCUUGUGCUGAAAAGCCCUGAAGAGUUCACGAUACAUUAUGUCCUUAGGUUUGCAUUUCCCGCAACAAACAAUGAAGCAGAGUAUGAAGCGCUGAUUGCAGGAAUCAAACUGGCAAAGGCGGUGAUAACAGACGACUUGGUCGCUCAUAGUGACUCCCAAUUAAUCGUGAACCAAGUCAAUGGCCAAUACGAGGCCAAAGAAGAAAGAAUGGCCAUGUAUUUGAAGGAAGUACGUCGUCUGGUGACCAGCUUUGGCACGUUCACAAUGGUACAGAUCCCGUGCAUUACUCAAAGGGCUGAGCCGAGCUGGAUUGAUCCCAUCGUGGUCUAUUUACGUGACGGGCAUCUACCGGGAGAUCAAGCAGAAGCAAGGGCAGUCAAAAGGAGAGCAGCCAAAUACACCCUUCAGGGUGGUGUGCUUUACAAAAGGGCGAUAUCCUGGCCCCUACUGAAGUGCCUGCCCCCAAGCCGAGUUGAAGAGACACUUCGUGAAGUCCACGAGGGGAUUUGUGGGGGACACAUCGGGGGUAGAGCACUGGCCUACAAGGUACUACGCCAAGGAUUCUACUGGCCAAACAUGCAAAGAGAUGCAAUGAAGUUUGUGCAGCGGUGCUUCAAGUGUCAGGUGGAAGCACGUCCCCUGGCCAGAAUCAUAGAGCAGGCAGUAGAGAAGUUCGUUAGGGACGACGUCAUAUUCCGCUAUGGUGUUCCAAAGGUGUUGGUCACGGAGAAUGGUCAAUAA